CUUGGUAUAUAAAUAACGGAGCUUUGAGAGAAUAACAGAAAAAAGAAAUCCUAGAUCGGAGAGCUGCGAAGCCUGGGGAUCGCUCGUUCUUCUUCUCUGAUCUUCGAAUUCUUUUUACCAACACUUGAUUGGGUUUAUAUAAGCCCUAACACACUGCGAUCCUCUCGUAACCAAUCUUUCCAUCUGAGUCCGGUCUGUGAUCGUGCGAGAGAGGAUGUCACGGUGUUACCCGUUCCCUCCACCUGGCUUUGUAGUUCUGGAUGAGUCUCUGAUCGAACCGAUCGAAAAGGGGACAAAGGAGGAAGUUAAGAGAGAAAAGAAAGAUAGAAAACACAACAAGGAUAAAAAGAGGGAGGAGAGGGAUAACGACGCUGGCCGAAGCAGAGAGCACCGUCAUCAUAAGAGACAGCGCAAAGAUGAAAGCGCCAAUGCUUGUAAGAAGGUUGAGUCCCUGGAGAAGAGCUGCCUUACGAUAGAACUUGACCAUCAAGCGUCUUCUCAGACUUCUUGUGAUAGCACUCUUCGUAGCAACGAGAACGAGGGACCAAAUCAUGUUAAGAGUCAGCCCCUCAACAGUACGCAUAACGACUCUGGUGAGUUUGUUUGUUUACUUGUUGCUGGGUCUGUUUUGCUUCACGUGCUUGCUGCCACGAUGAUGACACUCUUUCUUCGAAUUGUUGCUAUGGGUUUUGAAGAAACUAGCACACGGGUCUUCUUGUUACCUGGCAAAGAGCAGAAAUAUCCUGAGGUGAUGAUGACCAACAAGGGUCAAAAACAGUGUUCGGCCUCUAGUCAUCAAGAAAGUAUUGGACCUUCAAAGCUCUGCAGCAAAUGCCCUCCUUCUACGGUCAUGCGAUUCUUGAAACUCAUCGAGAACUGGGCUCCUGAGACCAAGCUCGCAGACUCUGAGGAUCAAGAAUGGUGGUUGUUGAUGAAAGUUGGCGCCAAAAGACGUCAUCAAGUUAGCGUUCAGAGAAGCAGCAAGGGAAGUAGUUCGAUGGUGUGGCCAACUGCUCAGUUUCUUCCAGAAGCCGAACUACACGCAUUGCCAUUCACUGUACCCUUUUGACUUCCUCAAAGCUUUGGUUCAGAGAGUUAGUUGUUGACAUGACAAACAGAUUGUUUCCCUAUGUAUUUUAGAUUAGUAUUUUGAACUCGGAAGUAUAUGUGUGAUUUUUUGUAGAUACACAGUAGAUAUAUAUAUAGUAAGUAAUAUCAAAGUUGAUUU